UCAAAUUCCUCGUUUGCUUCACAAACUUAGCAAUAAAGCUGAUUCUGAAAAAGUAUACAUUUUGUCCCACACUCCGUACCAGUAGGUGGAGGUAACGCGUACCGUGACAUUUUUGUCAACCGCCAAAAAAAAACCAAGAAGAAGAAGAAGAAGAAGAUUCCCGCCCUCCAGCUUCCAGGUGCUCCUUUCAUCGUUUGCUGUUGGACGCUUUCAUAUCUCAGAAUAUUCUGAACGGCUCAGUCCAGCACUAACCAGACCCAGCAGGCGUACCGGUUCGGACUAACCACUGGAUCAGUUCCAUAACUCAGAGGAUAAAUCGGACUCCCAGACGGCUUGUAGCUGAAGCUCCAUCGAGGUGCUGCACAGAACGUUUCUCCCAAGAGCUUGAGCUGGAGAAUAAGAACAUCUGAAGAACAACGAGGUGCUGGAGUUGAUCUGGCAGGAACAGAAUGAAGAACAAUGAGACCAAGAUAGUGGUGGAGGAGGAGAACCAUGAGGUGAAGACUGAGAUGGAGGAGGAGAACCAUGAGAUGAAGACUGAGAUGGAGGAGGAGAACCAUGAGAUCAAGAUAGAGAUGGAGGAGGAGAACCAUGAGAUGAAGACUGAGAUGGAGGAGGAGAACCAUGAAAUCAAGAUAGAGGUGGAGGAGGAGAACCAUGAAAUCAAGAUAGAGGUGGAGGAGGAGAACCAUGAGAUGAAGACUGAGGUGACACAGCAGGAGAAGGAUGAGAAAGUUAAAGUUGAGAAGUACCAGGAGGAAUACCAGGACCCAAAACCAGACCACCAGGUAAUGAACACCACAAACCGGACUGAACCAGCCACCACUUCUGGUCCCACUGAUCUACAGGAACCUGAAGAGCAUCAGCAGACUGAUGGAGCCCUCAACGCACCAUCUAAAGGAACAGAUCAUGGUCAGACUGGGAAAAAGCCAUACAGCUGUGACCAGUGUGGAGCAACUUUCAAAGCUAAAUGUAAUUUAAAGAGACACCAAGUGAUCCAUUCAGAUGAGAAACCAUACAGCUGUGACCAAUGUGGAGCAACUUUUAAGAUUAAAUAUGUAUUAAAGAAGCACCAACAGAUCCACACAGAUGAGAAACCAUACAGUUGUGACCAGUGUGGAGCACAGUUUAAAUAUCAGACCACUUUAAAGAGACACCAACAGCCGUACACUGAGGAGAGCCCAUACAAGUGUGAUUACUGUGGAGCAACUUUUACAACUAAAUGUAGUUUGAAGAGACAUCAUUGCAGACAAACUUCAGAAACGCUCCACUGGUGUCACCAGUGUGGAGCAACAUUUCAUACGAAACCUCAUUUAGAGAGACAUGAACGUUGCCACGCAGGAGACAGACCAUACAGCUGUGACCUGUGUGGAGCAACUUGUAAAACUAAAUAUGGAUUAAAGCAGCAUCAACAGAUCCAUACUGGUGAGAAACCAUACACAUGUGACCAAUGUGGGAAAUGCUUUGCAAUCAGCGAAAGGCUGAAAAGCCACCAAAGAAUUCAUUCUGGUGAGAAACCUUAUAAGUGUGACAUUUGUGGAAAAGCCUGUAGGGAAAAGAGUGAUUUAAGGAGUCAUGAACUGACCCACACAGAUCAGAGACAUUAUAAAUGUGAAGUAUGUGGGAGAACAUUUAAUCGCUUAGGUACUCUUAAAAGGCACAGGCGAACGCACACUGGAGAAAAACCAUACAGAUGUGACGAGUGUGGGAGAACCUUUGGUAGAAAAUUUACUUUAGAUACUCACAGACGGUCACACACUGGAGAACGGCCUCACUGGUGUGACCUCUGUGGUAAACUCUUUUCUUUUAGGGCAUGUUUAAAGGCACAUCAGCAAACUCCCUGCAAAUGAGAAGGAACGGUGCUGUUUUAAAUAAAUACAUAUUUAGGAUGUGAUAAAUGUGAGCUGUACGGAAAACGGAUUAAGGUGAUUAUCUAAUCAAUUAGAUAGUUUAUAAAGAAUGAAGGUAACAAAAACUGGCUGGUAAGAUGCUUUGAAGGUGAUGGAGCAAAGUUGGACAUGAGUUUAUGUAAAUAGUUUCAAAACAGUAGUGGAUGAUUUUUGAUAUUUAAGGUAAGAAUUACUACUAUACUGAAAUAUGCUAAUUGAAAAUGUGACUUUUGAAAUGACUUCUCUGAGGGCAGAAAAGAGGGAAUAUGAUCGGUUGUUACCCUGCAGGAGCUUUGGGUCAACAUUGUGGUCGGAGAUUGUUUUAGGAUUAACAGCAAGAACGCAGCAGAUAUCUGGAGACUCUAGAACCUGUAAUGUUAGCCAAGAUUCUGUGUCAAAACUGUUCAGUACUUGAGUCCGAGAGUUGAGGCUUCUGAAAUGUUCUCAGGGUUGCUGAUCACGCUGUGAUAACCAAGGAUGUCGGCUGAUGGACGCUUGGAAUCCUGAUUAAGAUCAUUGUUACGGUGGAUUACAUGAAUUUGGCUUAUCGUAUUUUUCCAAAUUCCUAAAAUUUCUUGUAAGUUUUAAGUUCACAGUCAUCAUACCCUCUUCCAUAUUUUAGAUUUUUCUUUGGUCGUCAGAAUGUUGAAAUUUUGUUACUGGAUUACUAAUUUUAUAGGAUUACUGGAAUUUUUUCCCUCCUGAUUUGGGAACCUUGGAUUACAGCAGCGUUUCGCACCAACCAUGGGGUGAAACAUGUACAGCACACAGAGAACAAGAGAUCGGUCAAAACUCAGAAUCCCAGGAUGCACAGCAUGAACCUAUUUUCAGGACAACUUCCAGGAAGGAGGAGUCGCAGCUGGAACCGCCGUGACAUCAGAGAUCUACAAACCCUGGCGCGCUGCACUAUUGGUUAUCUUUAACCAGCGGUAGCCCAGCUGGCUGCAUUGGGGAGAAAUGCGAGUUGACGUCUGACUUUGAUGGCCGAGUUGGGCUACUUGUUUGAAACGUGGAUCCAAGAGUUGAGUACGAAGUGUAAUUUGUGCAUCUGGCAACCAAAACUGGCUGAAAUCUUUCUAUCUAAGCUUGUGGAGAAAAUGAUUUUCCCAGUAGACACGUCGUCUCUAAUCGUGUCGACGGUGCUGCUUUCCCCUCCCUGUCUGAGAGGAGACUGCCUGGGAACCAUGGGUGCCAGUCUGAGAAGCAGAAGGUUGCCCAGCUGCUAGACCCACAGUAGCCUCCUUUGUCCACAGCCUCUCAUCGCGCCCCUUUGGACCUGAUCACCAGAACGGUUCACUUAAGUGGUUGUGCCUAAGCAGAGAAAAUGAGUUUUGCCUAAAACAUUUAAAAUUUUCAUUUCAUUGGGUUUUGCUUGUUUGUGCUAAACUAUUUGACGUUUUGUAUUCUUCUUGCGAAGCUAAUGCUAAAGGCCACUGAGCCUCGUUUCUAAAGUUUAGUCAAACUUUGUUUUAAUGAGUGGUCGUAGCACGCUGCCAUAUACAUGUUAAUAUUUCUAUUAAUGAUAGGUAAAGGUACAUGUGUGACUAAAGGAAUUACUAAAUAAGCUAUUGGCUUGUUAGCUAAACCCAGAUGUGACAUCAUCACGUAGAUCCAUUUGUUCACCAUCUUGUGUCAACUCCAUUCCAAAUCCCACCUCCCCCUGUAAUAGCUGAAGAACCAGUUGUCUAAAAAGUUAUUGAUUUGUCAACUCAUUCCUUAAAAUCAUUUAUUACAAAAGGUUUUCUCUACGGUUCUGAUUUGCUUUGGGAACUGCUUCUAUGAACACAGACAAAUUGUUGUUCUUCAUUAGUUUUAAAGCUAAUUUAGUCUCAUUCCAAAUUCCUCAGAAUAAACAUCGGUUCUUUAGCAUAAAUACCAACACUGAACUGAUAUCUUUGCACCAUGUUGUUAUUUCUUGGUUUCAGUUUAUUAUUUUUUGUAGUUUUAUUAGUUUUCAUAAUUCAUUUUUGCUUAUUAGUUUUAGCUGAGUGUUACUAGCCUAGUUAAAGAGUUGACUGAUGUAUGUUAACCUGGAGUUGGAUUAUUCUCUCAAUAAAUUGUUUUGGAGAGAA